AUGGGCCGGGAUUCUCUAGUCACUGACCUUGGCGUUGAACGCAAGGACACGCUUGAUUGUCUCGAACUCAACGAUUCAGUUAUUGACCUUACGAAUUCUGGCCGGUAUCAUCGCCUGGCCCUGUACUAUCAACCGACCUACGGCGCGAGCGAGUCGUCCCAACGGCAGGGGCUCAUGUUACUGUUUCUCGUACAAUUCUACAUCUUCGCCUCGUCGUUCGCUUCGAAGAUAAUUGCCGCAUUGCCCGAAGCCGAAACCGGUGGCACAAUUGCAACCCUACUCUUCAUCAUAGCGCUGAUGACCUUCAACGGCGUCAUGCAGCUGCCACACGCCCUGCCCGGUUUCUGUAUUUUCAUGUAUCGCGUGUUGCCCCUGACAUAUGUAGUUCCAGGGAUCACAGCGACGGCACUACAGGGCCAGGCAAUCCAAUGCGCCAGCGCCGAGUUGAGCGCUGCCGCCGGCCAGUUGUACAACCCUAGUGCAACGCAGAACAGCGCGCACUGCCGGCUGCAGAAUGCCAAUCAAUACCUGGGUUGCUGGAACAUCUACUUCUGCGACGGCUGGCGCAACUGGGGCUGGGGCUUCGGCUUGGGCUUUGCGUACAUCGCGGCUCAGGGCUCUGGAAUAAUAAGCAAUAGGGUGCCAUUCUCCACCAACCCCCACCACCAGGCCCUUAUUGCCUUCAGGCCUCAACACAUGAUACAUGCCUGA